CGUCCGUGACCCAGCGGAAGUAAUUCCUCCAACUGCCCCGGAACGAACGGCAGCAGGCUUCUGGGGUGGGGGGGCAGCCCUGGAGUGGGGGCUGUGGCGGUGUGUGGGGACCUGGUGCAGUGGCUGCGGUGCUAACUGGAAACUGCUAAACUUCCUGUGGAAGUGAAGUAGAAUUUCAUAAGAACAUAAUGGAUGGAGAAGAGAAAACCUAUGGUGGCUGCGAAGGCCCCUGAUGCCAUGUAUGUCAAAUUGAUAUCUUCAGAUGGUCACGAAUUUAUUGUAAAGAGGGAACAUGCACUAACAUCAGGAACAAUAAAAGCCAUGUUGAGUGGCCCAGGUCAGUUUGCUGAGAAUGAAACUAAUGAAGUCAAUUUUAGAGAGAUCCCCUCACAUGUGCUAUCAAAAGUAUGCAUGUAUUUUACUUACAAGGUUCGCUACACUAACAGCUCCACGGAGAUUCCUGAAUUCCCAAUUGCACCUGAAAUUGCACUGGAACUGCUGAUGGCUGCGAACUUCUUAGAUUGUUAAAUAAAAUAAAUUAUAAUAAACUGUUAACUUUUUUCAGUAUUUAAUACCUGUAGUUCAGUUAGAAUUUUUUUCAUAUAUAGCAUGUUGCCUGUGUGCAAUUGAACUUUAAAGUUAAUUGGAAAGCAGAUUAUUGUCUCUUCUUUUGCAUAGCAGAGUUGAAAUUUGUUUGUUACAUCAACAAGUUAAGGACAUUUUCACAAAUUGAGAAAUAAACAAAUAUGCCACUUUGUAGGUAGUUUUGCCUUAUUCUUUGGAUGUGAUUUUUAAAUUAGAGCAAUGGUGAUAUAACAUGCUGAAAUUUAGUCAUAAAUGGACAAUAUUCUACAGGUAAAUAUUGGGGCUAUGUAUUUUUAUGUUUUUAGUGUUUUUUUAAAACCUAUUCUGACCUUAUAGCUGUCAUUAGCAUUACUAGAAGUACGCAAAUAAUUGCAUUAUAAACAAGUUUAUAACUUAGCCAAAUAUUGAUUUUUAUAACUGUCAAAGACAUGAGUUGAAAUUUCUUAUGUGUCUUUUGAUAAACUGCAGUAUUGUUUAA